AUGGCCGCGAUACAGAACUUUAAGAACUUCCUGCGCCACGGCAAGCAGGCCCGCCAGCCCGCCGAGCCCACCACCAAUGUCUCCAAUGUCCACGCACAGUCGCAGCAGCAGCGACACCAUGCACCCGACCCCGUCCACCAUGGCAUAUCAGAGCCCAUCAUGGCCCCGAAGCAGCAGCAGCAUGGUAACGUUCCCCAUGGCGACUACUCGGUCGGCGCAGGCGCAGGAGACAACCGAAACGUUGCGGCCCAAGCCGGCGCCGCGGCAGACCGUGCAGCCCAAGACAAGCAAAAGAUGAACGCAGCAGCCCAGGGCAAGGGCGUGGACCCGUCAGUGCUUGAGCGCAUCGUUGCAGAGGAGCGCGAGGCCAAGGGCAAGAUGCCCCGCUACCCCGGCCUCGAGCGCUGGAACCUGAUCGAGAAGAUGGGCGACGGCGCCUUCAGCAAUGUGUACCGCGCACGCGACUCCCAUGGACAAUGGGGUGAGGUUGCCAUCAAGGUUGUUCGCAAGUUUGAGAUGAACUCCCAGCAGAGAGCAAACAUCCUCAAGGAAGUACAGAUUAUGCGCCAACUGGACCACCCCAACAUCGUAAAGCUCAUCGACUUCUCCGAGGCCAAGCAGUACUAUUACAUCAUCCUCGAGCUAUGCCCCGGAGAGGCCCUGAUGAUGAAGACACAGGCCGAGCGAGGGUGGAGUACGUUAAGGGUCAAGGUGCCGGAAGGUAUUGGUGUGAUCAAGAUCGCCGACUUUGGCCUUAGCAAGGUCAUUUGGGACAGCCAGACCAUGACGCCAUGUGGUACCGUUGGCUACACUGCGCCCGAAAUCGUCAAGGAUGAGCGCUACUCCAAGAGUGUUGACAUGUGGGCGUUGGGCUGUGUGCUCUACACCCUGCUCUGCGGUUUCCCUCCAUUCUACGAUGAAUCGAUCCAGACUUUGACAGAAAAGGUCGCCCGCGGACAAUACACCUUCCUGUCGCCAUGGUGGGACGAUAUCUCCAAAUCGGCUCAGGAUCUUGUCUCGCAUCUGCUUACCGUUGAUCCCGAGAAGCGAUACGAUAUCAACCAGUUCCUCGACCACCCCUGGAUACGUGGAGCAGACGAGCCUACCUUCUCCGCUCACGACGCACCGCCACUUGCCACUCCUGCCGCAAGGAAAACGGAGCGACUUCAGCCAGACUUCAGCCACCUCGAAUCACCUGGUGCAAGGCGGCAGGACUUCCGAUCUCCCGGUGCUGUCAACUUGCGGGAGGUUUUCGAUGUCAGCUACGCCGUGCACCGACAGGAAGAAGAGGGCAAGCGGAGAAAGAACUUCAAGCAAGGUUACCGCGGCGCCAACGCUAUUAGUUCGCUCAACGCUCUCGACGAGAACGAAGAUGAUGAUGAAUUCAGUACCGAGGCCGUCCCAUACGACUCCUCGCAGCAACAUCCACCAGCGAAGCUUCCCAAGUCCCAAGGCAAUGAUGUAUCAGCCAUGGAGCAGAAGAUGCGCAAUACCACCCUGUCAGCAGCAGCUCAAGCAAGGCAACCAAGACAACAAGAGCGUGGUUACGGCCAACAUUCGCCUGCCGUUGCUGCCGCGGCUAAGCGCCAAGUGAAGAACAAGGGGGCAUUCGAACUCAGCCUUGAAGGCGCUACCCUACUCGGCCGCCGGGGCAAGAAGACGGAGCCGAGCUCACUACGAGAGUCCAUCUCGGCAGGUGGGAUAUGACAAUCAUCAAGUUUGGCGAAAGACUGGUAAGGUGUACCACGAGCAUGAUCACGAUGGCGUUUUGUUUUCCUUUGACCAGUCGCCCCCCUCCCUUGGGAGAUUACGUUUACAGGGGCGAUGAUUUUUCACCUUUUUCUUGUUCUGUGCACCCCCCCUCUCCCCUUCAUGGCAUAGCUUACGGUACUUGUCUCCUGAAUUGGAGACAACUGAACGGAACGGACGAGUGGAUGUCGAGUAGAGGG